UUAUGGAGCAACGCAAAGCGCCUCAUCUCUGCUACAGGUGCAGCCGGGGCACUGACAGUCGGCGUCUUUCGUACAGGGAUCUCCUACGUCGUAGAUUGUCUCGCCAGGCAGGUCUCCUCCAGGAUUGUAUUCACACACCACAACCGUCCAUGAGCCCCAACAAGGUACAACUACACAACCAAUUCUGUCGCUCGAUUGCCACGCUAACUGACUGUAUUUACUUAAAGUCGUGUAAAUGUUCAUCGUGAAGACGUUAUUCUCAGGUACACCAUAUUUCUGUAAAUCACCGAACCAGGCUGCGACGGCCUCUGCUGCAGCCUCUGUCUUGUUAUUAAUCUUGGACGACAUCAUGUGCAUGUUAUUCCCCCAUCGCUUUAACAUCGCAGCAGUGUUGAGUCCAAAUGUGCAAGUCUUGGACCAUUCCAUUGCAUUUGCUUCAACAUCGCAAUCGUAGUUCACUUUCAUCAUUCUGGCAGCCUUUGGAGCGAAUUGUCCAGAUUUACCCUGAGCUUGCCCUUUAGCAAUGAGCGACCGGUAUUCAUUAUGUUUGUCGACAAACAUCUUCCUAGCUCCGUCAGUCAUUCCAUUGUUAAGUUCAGGGCACGAUCCAGCUAG